AUGGCAAAUAAAACUGAUAAUUCUUUAAAAGUGAAUCCGGAAAAAGUUCCUCUUGAAACUGAUCAGGGUAUUUUGGAGAGCGAAGAGCGGAAAUGGGGAAUGCCUUUAAAAGAAGUUUACAAACAUGGACUCGCAUUCUAUAAAGAUAAAGAAGGUAAAGCCAUACAUUUAAGCUAUGAAGAUAGGUUGAAGCUUGUGGCAUAUACACAGCAAACUGCUCAUGGGCCACUAGAUAAAAAUUCCGCUGCACCACUUGGAGUUUUGGAUGUUAUUGGUCGCGACCGACGUGCUGCAUGGCAGGCUCUAGGACAAAUGUCUCAGUACCAAGCAAUGGCUGGAUUUGUACAUGCCUUAGACAGGUUGUGUCCGUUAUUCAAACCAUACUUAGAAGCCAUACACAAGGACUUAGAAGACAAGAAACAUCAGGAAUUAAAGAAACAAGAGGAAGAGCGGGCUCAUUUGGAAUUACAAAAUAGAAUAAUUCUAGAAAAGCAAAAACAACAGAGUACAAAGUUAACAGAAGACCAGCAAGUCCAGCGAAUAAAAGACGCUUUGAACGCACAAACAUACGAUCAAUUCCUUCAGUACGCCCAGCAACAGUUCCCCGGAAAUGUUGACCAGCAAGCAGUUCUAAUACGGCAGUUACAAGAUCAGCAUUAUCAACAGUAUAUACAGCAGCUAGCCGUCGACAAAAGGCUUGCUAGUUCCAAUUUUAAUAACAAAGAAGAUGGCGAUAAGGAAAAUGGAAAUAUAACUGAAGAAAUAGCUGAUGAUUGCAAUUUCAACAAGUCUGAAGCAAAAGAGCUUACUGAUAACAAAUCGAUGCAAACAUCAAACAAAACACAGACUUCAGAAUACAUAGAAGAGUCAAAAGUUGAAGAGGAAUCAGAAGAUGAUGGUUUCCCAGCGGUAGAAGAAGCCAGAAUGUGGACGCGUGGAGACAUUAGUCAAUUUAAGGAGUCCGCUUAUGCGGGUGGUGGAAGAUUGACUGUGGGCCAAGGCGAAACCGUCACUGUUAGAGUGCCGACACACCGGCGCGCACGUUGUCUGUGCUGGGAGUUCGCCACCGACAACUACGACAUAGGUUUCGGUCUGUACUUCGAGUGGAGUAAAUCUCCGACAAGCGAAGUGACAAUCCACGUGUCGGAGAGCGAUGAGGACGACGAUGCCGAUGAUGAUGGGUAUGGUGAUGAAGAAUACACUAUACAAGGAAACACAACGGAUCUUGAAAUAGGCGGCGAACGACGCACACUCAGCCAUUCGCGGCCGCUCGUGAGCCUCGUCGUGCCGAUAUAUCGCCGAGACUGUCACACAGAGGUGUACGCGGGCUCCCACACGUACCCAGGCGAAGGCGUGUAUUUAUUAAAGUUCGAUAAUACUUACAGCCUUUGGCGAUCAAAAACGUUAUAUUAUAAAGUAUAUUACACUCAGUAA